GACAUUCAGAACCUAUACACUUCUAACAAGGUUGCAGCUAUGAUUAAAGGUUGCAAACUCAUCUUGGAUUGACAAGUACGGGGUGAUGUAACUUCGUUUGAUCCCACUUCCCCCGCCCGAAAUGAAUGGGUGAACGCCAUCACCCACUUUGCCUCUGUGAGUCUCAACGGCUGGAAGCAAGCCACAGAAAGCACAAACAUGCCCUCAUCAAAUCGGGGCCCCAGCUGCGUGCGGAUGCCGGCUAUUGCCAUGGAGAGUGUCAGCCAAUGAGAACCAAAUGGAAUCCUUAGACAAACAUGUAAAUAUGUUUAUGGACUACAUGUUCGGUCCUAGAGAUCCCAGGGUUAAAGGGUGGCUUAUGCUGGACUCCUAUUUACCUACGUUCCUCCUUACAUUCUUCUACCUAAUCACUAUAUGGCUGGGAACAAAGUAUAUGAAGGAGAAACCAGUGUUCUCUCUUAGGAUUCACCUAAUAAUAUAUAAUCUUGGAGUAAUGCUUCUCUCUCUCUACAUCUUUGUUGAGCUGGUCCUGGCAAGCUGGGAAGGCGGGUACAACUUGCAGUGUCAGAAUCUCCACAGUGCCAACAAUGCUGAUAUUAGGGUGGCAAAAGUGCUUUGGUGGUACUACUUUUCUAAAGCUAUUGAAUUUAUGGACACUUUUUUUUUCAUCUUACGGAAGAAAAAUAGCCAGGUUACAUUUCUUCAUGUAUAUCACCAUGCAACAAUGUUCAACAUUUGGUGGUGCGUCCUUAACUGGAUACCUUGUGGCCAAAGUUUCUUUGGUCCAACAUUGAACAGUUUUAUCCAUGUAUUAAUGUACUUCUACUAUGGCCUGUCUACCAUUCCAUCAAUGCAGCCUUAUCUUUGGUGGAAGAAAUACCUUACACGAGCACAGCUGGUACAGUUUGUGCUUACAAUUAUGCAUACACUCAGCGCAGUAGUGAAACCAUGUGGAUUCCCACUUGGCUGCUUGUUAUUCCAGUCAGCUUAUAUGGUCACACUGGUCAUCCUGUUUAUAAACUUUUACAAAAAGACAUACAGAAACUCAGCACAGCAGGAUGACAAAGCUGUUUCUGAUCCGAAAGAAAUGAAGAACGGACUUUACAAUGGCUAUACAAAGACCAUUGAAAGCAGCAUAUCAAACAAAAUAGAUUAAUUUCUUUAAAACAAGGAUAGCAUUAAAGUACUGAUAAGCGAGCUACAGUUACAUCUACCUGCUGCAUUCUUAACUUAAAGAUUAAAAUUUCUUCAAAUUGGUCUUUGAAACAGGAAACCAGAACAUUAAAACUUUGAAUAUACUAGUUACAGAUAUAGCUUGUACUCAAUUGUUAAUUCAGUUAAUGUUUUAUCUGAGUUGAAAUAGAUGUCAGAUCAUCGUACUUUUCAGAUGUGACCUACAAAUGUAAUUAAUAUUCUGGUUUCUAGACCCAGCAUCAGGAUAUAAGUCCAGAAUUGUAGAGGAGUUGAAUUCAUUCUGGAAUAGAAUUUCAAAUAAAUUUAACUGCCUUAUCAUUAGUAUAUUCACCUAAAUUUCAAUAAGGAUACAUGAUUAUUUUCACCACUAAAUAUGUCACAAAACUGCCUUACUUCUGGAGCACACAGCUGACAAUACCCUUCAAAAAUCUCAAAUUAAGUUACUUUCAAUUUUGAGGCCUUUUCCACCUGUCUCAAGAUUUACAUUUCUACUUGCUAAUUAAAAUGUUUGAAUUUUAUUUGUAUAUUCAUAAAUGUAGACUUUGUACUUUACUGACUGAUUGAUUGAAUUGUUUGUAUAAACCUUUUAAAAAGUCUAACAAAAUCUUUCAAAAUACCUUUAAUUUAGUCCUUGAUUCACGACUGUUGAGAAUUAAAAUUUUCACAGAAUUUAGCUACUUUUUACAUGUAAUGAAGCUAUUUUUACUCUACAUGUGCAUGUAGAAUAGAUGAUCCGAAGAUAUAAAUGUGAAGGACUUGUCACAAUAACCCAAAGGACCCGUUCCUGUGCUGUGCUGUUCUGUUCCACGUACUACACCCUCAGUAUAGUAGGAAACCAUCAGACCACUUUGAAGAUGAUGAUUUCUAAUUCCCCUCAAUCCUGAGGAUAUUAAUACAUGUAGGAAUGCCUAGUGAUAUGGCCUACGACUGACUGCAUUCCAGAACCUGUAUAAUGAAAUUUGAGAAGUCCAAAAAGUUCAUUUUGGCUUAAAAUUGGCUAUGGAUUAUUUUGCUUGCUUGCACUAAGACUUAGUUUUUCUAAUUGUUAGAGACAGAUAUAGGGUUAUUUCAUCUAAUAAUCAUGGGCAAGUCUUGAAUUUUGUCAAAAACCUCAAGAUUAUGCAGAGAGUGACUACUGGAAAUCAAGAAAAUAACUCAAAAGAAUAAGGCCAGUCACACUAACAUCAAAACAAUUGUUAAAUUUAAAAUGUCAGCAAGCUUUCCAGAAAUGCUUGAUAGCAGUGUAAAUUAUCAGACGAUAAGGAUCUGUGGCAAAGUAAAGCAUUAACUAAAUAAUGUUUGACUUUGAGAAGGGUAAAUAAUGAACAAUUGAUGAUCAAAGGUUAUCUUGUACAAUAUUUUCACAUC